GCUUACGCGGAACACGCGGCUGAAGCCGCGCCGCCGGCAUUACGUCGCGCACCGUCGAACGCGACUGACGUUCCUAUAAACGUGUCUCAUUCCGAACCUCUACAACCACUUUGACUCACCGUGUUUUUCCGACACAAACGACCAUCGUGGACCGUGUCUCCGCUCGAUAUCGAACCCCGAUCGCGAAACAAAAGUGAAAGGUUCUCCUCUGACCUGUCAGUAGAUCGACUCGUGCCAGAUAAUCCGAAGCAUCUGACCGCGUCCACCAAUCAGCAACCUGUAGGAGCUCCGAAUCGCGGUAAAACGUGUUACGUCUUCGACGAGUGAUUAGUUUGAGAGUAAACCGGUCAUAGAUCCGUGCAUCGAUCUAAACACAGUGACACCUCGCGGACUAAAAGUGCAAUAGAGGGGAGGACCAGAUUCUCAUUGGAGGUGUUACGUCAAUACUCGAUAAUAUUGUCAUGGCGUUGGCGGGAAACCAGUAGCGAGGACGUUCGUCAUGGAACUCGGAGAAAUUUCGAGGACGCCGAGGAUAUUCCGCGUGUCGAAGAAGAUACGAUGAACGUGUUGGUAAGUAUUCUGGAUAUCCGUCGCGUGGACCAGAAGCGGAGAAGCAGCUGCUGGAGGAGGAGUUGCUGGUAGCAGCCAGGGAGGAGGUAGCGGGCUCCGUGGAGUGUGUACAUCGAGGAGGCAAGUGAAAUCACGACGUCUUGCCCGGAGGGUGCGUGCUUGGGCGACGAGGGGCGGCUACUGGCCGAUGGGAUGCAUCUACCGGUGGGUUCCGUGGGCUGCGGGGAGAAUUACGCCACCGUUGGAUCCCACGAAGGCGCCGGCCCGUGCGGCCCCUCACUGGCGCCUCUCCAGGGGGUAAACACCAGGUACCAGCAGGCCGACGACGCCGACGCCGGGGGAGGAGGUGGCGAGAUGAGCGAGGGUGCCGCCGUCGGCGAGCUGUGGUGGACCGAGAGACUCGUCGGCGAGGCACAAGCUGAACACCCUGGCGAAUUAGUUCGAACAGGAUCACCGUAUUUUCUCUGCAGUCAACUACCAACUCAUUGGAGGUCCAACAAGACGCUCCCGGUGGCAUUCAAAGUCGUCGCCCUGGGCGAAGUCGUCGAUGGAACUCUGGUGACAGUACGAGCGGGUAACGACGAAAAUUGUUGCGCUGAACUAAGAAAUUCCACUACCCUGAUGAAAAACCAAGUCGCCAAGUUCAACGACCUAAGGUUCGUCGGAAGAAGCGGCAGGGGAAAAAGCUUCAGCAUCACCAUCACGGUAUCGACUACGCCUCCCCAAGUAGCCACGUACACGAGAGCCAUCAAGGUGACCGUGGAUGGGCCCAGAGAACCCCGGUCCAAAACGAGGCAAACUCACAUCCCUGGACUGGCCCGAGUUCCCGCACUGCCCCGAGUUCCUGGACUGGCACGGGGGACCUUCCCCGACGCACCCAGUCCGUUUACUCCCUAUCUACGAGAACCGGAGCCGUACAGGAGGAAUAAGCAUCACAUCGGCAACAGCGUCACCGCGAAUUCGGUUAGUGGUGCCUGCACCAACCCCAACAACACCGAUCCGACCGCAUCGCCUGCUUCCAGUACACACCUCGGCGCUAAUAGCGGCUCCUCGGCUCAUCAAGAUUGCUACAAGCACAGUCCUCAGCAUGGUGAUACGAGUACGGGGACAGCCGAGUGGACCUAUCCAUCGGCAGCAUCGUCCUAUCCGGCUCCUCCGGUAAGCAGUGGUGGUUCGUUCUCGCCGAUCCCCGGAGGAGCGUUCUCGUACCCAGGGGAAGCCCUGUCUCAUCAUCCGACCACGGAACCGGUACCAUUGCCAACCGUUCUCCCGUCAGACAGCCAGCAGGACACGUACACGCCGAACUGCGUCUCCAUGUAUCCGAGCCACGGGACCUCGUCGUCCUCGUUGCCUCUGGUGCCCAGCAAGUCCAGCGACCCGGACAUCUUUGCUGGCGGAGGAACCGGCAGCGGAAGUCCAGGCUACCACUAUGGUUCCUGGACCUCGGGGCCAGCCACGCCGGUCCCGGUCGCCUCUCACAACUACAACCCGAAUUACCAGGGCUAUUACAACAAUCCUAGCCAAAAUUACAUCAGUCCGGCGCCCAUGGUCCUCUAUCCGCAGUUGUACAGCACGGUGAAUCAGAACCAGAUCCAUCUGCACCUCCACGGGGACCUGAGCGAGGAACAGGUGACGAUCGCCGGUAGCAAUCUGACGAUCAGCAGUAACAGGCUGGAGAUCGGUGUGAUGGGCGAGGAGAACGAGCAGAGGAACGACGUUUGGAGACCUUACUGAAGGGAUCCCGGAUGGGUCCAGUGACUAGAUGCAAUUUUGGAGGGCAGUUUGGAUGGACUGUAGACAGUACCGGUGUAAUAAAUGUGAUAUCGACGGUCGAAAUGGAAGUUAGGAGAGUGAAGCGAUCGUGUUAGGGACUUGGUGGUGUCACUCGCAGUUGGUAGUGGUAGUGCUCGAGGAAAUGGUCGAUUUUUCGCGGUCAGACGCGAGUGAUCGACAGCAACGACAGUGACUGAGAACUGGAACGUGGACAACGUGGACCGACGGACUCGUGAGAAAGUAGCGAGGUGUUAGAAAGGUUCUCGACGACAGACGACAUUUGCAGAUGGCGAGUUUAGAAAAAGUAUCGCGAAGGAGUAGAGGAAUCAGGGCUCGAUCUCGGCUGUAAACCGAGCCAGCGCGAACGUGUA